ACCAUUGACGUCCAUCAUUCACGUGAAAUUUGUUUUUAACUGCACAUCAGCCGUAGUAAAGGUUAGUUUUACAUCAACGGUUCCUGAAGCCCUUUGUCUUAGCCGAGAGUCGAUCGUACGAUAAAUCACUGCCGAAAAACAAGCUCAAAAAGUUUAGGACAAAAGUUUGUCCUAAGUAGCUGGAGUUUUAAAUGGAAACUCAGGGCGGACGCCAAAAGUGGCCACGCCUCCAGAUUAUGGUCAAGAGUUGAAUCUUCAACUCAGUCAAUAUUGGAAAUCCACUGUAGGAGAGAAGUUGCCCAAAGCGACCCGUGGAGCCUCUUCUCAUUGUAAGUCUAUUUCCAAGACAGACGCACGAUGGACUGAUUGGAAAACCAGACUUCUCGAGUGUAUUAGGUUUAGAAAGACCGACCCCUCAAAACAGUCAAAGGUCAACGGGACUGAAUCGACGCUGACCUCAUGGAUUGGAAGUUUCUCCAGGGCCUUCUCAGUGGAGUCAACAAAUACUCCACUGCCUUCGGACGCAUCUGGCUGUCGGUGGUCUUCGUCUUCCGGGUGAUGGUCUUCGUGGUGGCCGCCGAGCGCGUCUGGAGCGACGACCAGGGGCACUUUGACUGCAACACCCGCCAACCGGGCUGCACCAACAUCUGCUACGAUCACUUCUUCCCCAUCUCCCACAUCCGCCUGUGGGCCCUGCAGCUCAUCUUCGUGACCUGCCCCUCGUUCAUGGUGGUUCUACACGUGGCCUACCGAGAGGAGCGGGAGCGCAAGUACCAGGCCAAGCACGGUGAGAGCUCCCGGCUGUACGACAACCCGGGCCAGAAGCACGGCGGCCUCUGGUGGACUUACCUGAUCAGCCUGUUCAUCAAAACCACCUUUGAGGUAAUGUUCCUGUACAUGCUCCACUACAUCUAUGACAGCUUCAGGCUGCCCAGGAAGGUCCAGUGUGACACCAGCCCCUGCCCUAAUUUGGUCGACUGCUACAUUUCCCGGCCCACGGAGAAGACCAUUUUCACCUACUUCAUGGUGGGGGCGUCGGUUGUGUGUGUGGUGCUCAACAUCUGUGAGAUUUUCUACCUGGUCGCUUUCCGGAUGGUGAAUCUCAAACACCGAGGCAGCGUCCACACUUCGUCGAGAAAGAUCCACUCCAGCACGAUGGACUGCGGCGGCUGCAAGCCCUCUCUUGCGUCCUAGCUGCAGACUCAGUGUAGAGAAUCAAAAUGUCUUAUUAUGCCACUGUUUGAUUAACUAGUGGGUGAUCUUUUUUUUCCAUCAAAGGGCAGGUUCACCUUUUUUCAUGUCUGUACCCUUGUCUUUAAGUACAUAGAGAGAGUUUGUUGGUUGCUGUACUUGUUCCUCUUGCCCAUAUUGGCAGAGAUCCCUCCCUAUUGUGAUUCAAUUGAUGAGGGAUACCUUCACCUUCUUCAUCUUCUUCACUCCAAUCGAAACUUCAGCUUAUCAUCAGAAUGCAUCUUUGUACAGGAGAGGGACAGUGGAUUUUGUCCCAGGUCUUGGGCAGGAGAAAUCAUUAUAGCAACCAAUAACUCUUUCAAUGUGCAAUAAUGGCAUGUGUGCGUCGUUUUUGUGGACAAAGGGUGACUCUAUCCCUUAUCUUAAUUUUGUAUGUAUUUUUUUAUGUAAAUGUAUCUAUUUUAGCACAAAUGAUAUACUCUAUAAUGUGAUUGGAUUCUUACAAUACAAAUAAUUGAUCCUUAAAAGAAAAAAGUAAAAUGGUCAUACAAUUGUAACCACUGUCCACAUGAAUAUGACCAAAACUGAAAUAUUUUUUUUGUUGUUGUUGAUUUUCCUGAAAAAUAUUUUCAAAGCACUCAGAAUAAACUUUCUUUCCCCUCCCAA